AUGAAGGGAUCUAAAGGUUUUUUCCGAGUUCUAUGUCUGGCGACCUUUACUUUGCUGCCACUUGCUGCUGCCCAAGACGAAGCUCUUUUGGCAAUCGAGGCUGUUGAAGAGGCCACUCCUUCCCUGCCGCCAGAGUUCACGUGUCCUGUAAAGGAUCAUGGAGCCAUCGGGGAUGGGACCACCUAUGACACAGCGGCUAUUCAGGCAGCUAUAGAUGCGUGCGCAAAGAACAAGGAUGGUGGCAUCGUGACUUUCGACGAAGACAAGCAGUACCUUAGCGGACAUGUCAGGGUGAAAGACGGGGUCAGGCUGCGCCUGCCGAAGUCCGCAACCAUUCUAGCAGGAUCCAAGAGGGAAAUUUACCCAAAGAGCUACGCGGACUGGUACCUGAUCCUGUUUGAGUGCCAGAACUGCGGCGUGGAAGGGGAGGGCAGGAUAGAUGCACAGGGAACACUGUGGACCUAUGGAGGGAACCUGGAGCAGAAGCAGGUUACUAAUUGGGAUGACUCAUCAUGCCCCAAGCAGGGCGUGUGCAGGCCGCACCUUGUUGGCGUGCGAGACUCCUUCCAGGUGACAAUCCAGGGGGUGCAGCUGUACGACUCGGUGCAUUGGGCGGUGCACAUCUUGCGCAGCGAGGCGGUGGCGGUGAUGGGGGUCAGCAUCUGGGGGGACCCUCUCGUGCCCCUCAGCCGGGGCAUUGUCAUCGACGGCAGCCGCCGCGUGUACUUGGGCGGCAAUGUCAUCUCCACUGCCGACGAUGCCGUCUCCCUCAAAACCACUGCCGCGGACAAGCCUGUGGAGUUUGUGCUGGUGGACGGCGGGCUGAUACAGUCCAAGUCGGUGGCAAUUCAGAUCGGCGACGAGACGCGCGCUUCCAUGAGCACGCUGGUCUUUCAAAACAUCACCAUCCGGCAGAGCCACAGGCGCGCAUGCCCUGCCUCGCAGCCUCAUAUCACCGCUGUGCAUGUACAGGAGGACAGACUGGGCCUGGCGAUCACAGUGCGCGACGAGGGCAGCGUGAGCGGGGUGCAGUUCACCAACAUCAGCAUCGAGGCGCUGUUCUUCGAGCGCUCCUGGAAGGGCGCGGCCGAGCCCAUCCACAUCACUGCCAUGCCCCGCACGGUUGGCAGCAAGGUGGGCACGGUGACGGACGUGCGCUUCACAAACAUCAGCGCGUCUGCAGAGGCUGGUGUAGUGGUGGCGGGAUCCCCGGGGUCCACGAUAGAGGGUCUGGUGCUGGAGGGAUUUAAUCUAGAGCUGGUGCGCCAAACAGACAUCCCCGGGGGGUUCCUAGACUAUCGGCCCAGCCUGCGCGGCUUGGUGGAUGACGUUACCACCUCCGCCAUCUUCAUUGAACACGCCAACCACGCCACGCUCAGCGACAUUGAGGUGGUCUGGGGCAAGCCAGCGAGGCCGGAGUGGGGCCAGACGCUGGAGAUCACACCGCACUCGGUGCAUGCGCUGUCCGUCCAGAAUCUGUUUGUGCACGACGAGUCGGCGCAUCCGGCGGGCGGCGCGGAGGCGGCCGGCAGCGCGCGGGGGACCAUGAUGGAGUGGGUGCGCAAGAUCCAGGCCAACCUGCGCUCCGGCAACGGCGCAUUCCUCACCCUCGAGGCCAACGCGGCCCGGGGAGUCUCUGGCCGCCGCGCAGCUUCCUCCGCCUCCGUUGCGAUGCUGAUUCUGAGCGGGCUGGUUGUGCUGGUGCUGGUGGGAUUUGCGCUGUAUGACCAGGAGGACAGCGCGCUCCCAGAGGAUUAUGCCCUGGAUCUUGAGGAGGGGGAUCUACUGGAAGCUGCCGCAGCCGUGGAUGUGCCGAUGGAGGGAGUUUCGGCGGGUGCAGAGCUGAGCACACCAGUGCCCCAAAUGGAAUCUUUGAAGGAGGACGAAGAGCAGCAGGAGGAGGAGGAUCCCAGUGAUGCCUGGGCCAGGUUUGUGGAGCAGAGGUUUGGAGAGAAGGUGGAUCUGGGGGCUUCGAACGACAUGAAGGCAGAGGCGGAUGCGGCGGCCAAGAGACUCGCCGGAGAGACGAAGAGCGUUGAUCUGCCUGACUUCUUCAACAUGAAGGACCCGAGGAGGGAGCUGGAGCGGCUGCUGCCGGAGACCGCGCGGCGCCAUGACCUGGCGCAGUCGGCCUUCAUCCAGCCGAUGCGGGACGACGCCGAUGCGCGCGCGGCCGCCACAGCCGCCGCGCCGGUGUCCUUCAAGGCCAGCGCGCCGCUGGAGCCGUCGAUCUUCGAGCCCGCGCAGCCGCCGCCGCGCCGCGUCACCGUCAUCGAGCCGCCGAUGGACCGCCUGGCCAACCCGGUCACUGGCUAUGCCAAUCUUGGCCGCCCCCGCAGCGAACGGCUGGGGUGGCCGCGCGAUGACGGCGGUAUGGGCGAGAGGGGGCGCUUUGGGAACCACCAAGAGGCCCCCCGCCUACACCCCACGCGCAUGUUCUACCCAGGCCAGACCUACGACCCUGAGGACCUGGUGGACUCUGGAGAGCAGGUCGGCUGGCGCAAGCACGCGGUCAAGGUGGCCACGGACAAGGCGACCAACGGCGUGGUGCGGCAGAGGGCGGAUUUCCGCGACCAGGGCUUUCUGAACAGGUUCAUCAGCGAGCUGGGCAAGCUGCCGCCCAAGCGCACCACUCGGCUGCAGCAGAAGACGCACCGCCACCUCUGCCGCCAGAUCAAGCUGGCGCGCCAGAUGGCGCUGCUGCCGAUCGACUCGCAGCUGUCAGCCGAGUACCUGGAGCGCACAGGGGCAGUGCAGAGCAAGAAUGUGACAUCAGGCGUGGAGCACAACCCGCACAUGCAGCGAGCGGUGUAUGGGACCAGGUUGCGAGCGUGA